AUGGCGCUUUCCAGGAUUUCGGGCAGGGAAGAUCUCUAUGUUGGCGGGAUCUUCGCCCUCCGCCGGCCGUCUCUGCUCGAAGAAAAGAAGAUAACACACAUCCUCUCCGUCAUCCAGUACACGUUCGCCAACAUGGACGAGUUCAAAGACAAGUACACCCAUCUCAGCGUCGACGUCGACGAUAUGGAUGACCAGGACAUCCUCGUCCACCUCCCCAAGAUGGUCCGCUUCAUCGAGCGCGGACUCUACGGCGACGCCGCCUUCGCGAACAGAACCUCCUCUACUCCCCCGGCAAUAAACCCCCACGACGACGACGACGACGACGACGCCAUCACACCCGCCCCGCCCGCAGACCCCGGCGGGCCCGACCCGGCCGGCGCCGUCUUCGUCCACUGCGCCAUGGGCAAGUCGCGUUCUGUCACGGCCGUCGUCGCGUGGCUGCUGUGGAAGUACCCGUACCGGUUCGGCGAUGGCGAUGACGACGACGACGACGACAACGACGCGUUCGCGGUGGUGGGGCGGGCGAUCGAGUGGGUGCGGCGGGCGCGCGGGAUCGCCGAGCCGAACCCGGGGUUCGUCCGGCAGCUGGCGCUGUGGUGGGGGAUGGGGUGCCCGGCGGGCUCGGACGACGCCGUCGAGAGGAACAGGCUAUACAGGCGGUGGGCUUACCGGAGGGAGGUGGAGGAGAGCGCGAGGAUCGGGAGAGCGCCUGAUCGGUUGAGGUUUGAGGAUGAGGAUGAGGAGGAGGAGGAGGAGGAGGGCGGCGGCGGCGGCGGGCCCGGGCUGGAGCUGCGGUGCAAGAAGUGCCGCCGCGUGCUGGCGACGAAGCCCUUUGUGGUACCGCACCGGGGGGCCGGCGGCGGGAAGGGACCGAAGGCGGCGUCCUGUCCGCAUUUCUUCGUCGAGCCCAUGUCGUGGAUGCGCCCCAUCCUCGAGGAGGGCGUUCUCGACGGCCGUCUGGCCUGCCCAAACGCCAAGUGCGGGGCCUCUAUCGGCCGGUACACCUGGCAGGGGUUCAAGUGCGGCUGCGGCGAGUGGGUCUGCCCCGCCUUCUCGCUGCACAGGAGCAAGGUCGACGGCGUCGUUACCCGUCCGGGCGGUGCUGCCGCGCCCGGCCCCGGUCGUGGGGCCGUGCUCGGCGCCGAGGCCGACCGCAUGGCAGCUCUGGGGAUCCGGCUGCCGCCCGGGUUGGGAGCUGUUUCUAGGAAGGAGAAUCUAUGA